UUCAUGGAUUGUUUUUAUGCGGCGAGUUUGGUGUAGUUUUCAAAGUCAUUUUAUAAAAAUGGCAAAUAUUCCUCCGCGAAAAGUAUCAUCUUCUAGUAGAGUAAAACAAGAUGCGUCUCCACUUCAAAUACUCUUACAGAUGGGAUUUCCAAGACACCGGGCGCUCAAGGCACUAGCUGCUACUGGUAACCGCAGUGUCCAAUUAGCAUCUGAUUGGCUCUUGACCCAUGUGAAUGAUGGUCACAUAGAUGCUGAUGAACCUAGAGAGUACAUAUUCUAUGCCAGUCCUACGGGACCAUUACUUAAUCAGCUGCUUGAAUUUUGGGACAAGUCUAAGGCUAUCUCUGGCUGGAACGGGGCCCAUAACUUUCCUCCUCAUAUUACUUUAGUUUCAUUUUUUAAGGCUCCAGAUGAGACUUCAUUACAACUGGGUAAAGCAGUGAAACAUGUUGUGGAGAAUGUUGGAGACCCUCCAAAUUGUCCUCUCAAGUUAGAGCCCUAUGUGUCACAUAACUUCAUGGCAUUGUUUGUCUCUGAUGAACAUGCGGACUACUUAAAGAGAAUCGCUGUGCAGUAUGUUAAACAAGUGUCUUCAAUUCUGGGUGUUAUGGUGGAUACUUAUGAACAUCUGGAUGCAUUGGGCACUUGUUUCCCAUGGUGUACCAUGCCUCAAGAGAAACCUAUCAAAUCUAUCAACCUGGAGGCCCACGUGAAGUCGCUGCACAUAACCUUGGCGUACCACUUCGACGUAGCGGCGUAUGAUGAGCUGAAGAGACUAGUGGAUGAUAUGCAGCCAUCGGACCAGCCCGGCUGGGAGCUCAGGCUGUAUUCCAGGGAUCCACGGUUUGCUAAUCACCAGGUAUACAAAGUGACGCAAGGUUACGUCCCGAAGGCGAGCGAUGAGCUGGAGCUCGUGCUCGGCGACUAUAUUUAUAUUGAGGAGAAAGAGUUCGACAACUCGCCCGACGGCUGGGUGCUCGGCACCUCCUGGCUUACAGGAGUCAGUGGUUGCCUGCCGGCCGUGUUUACGCGACGUACCGCCGAGUCCGACGCUUGGACUCUACACCGCGCCGUAUCACUUGGCAACAACAGUUCGGACAGUAAGUCUGAGUCGGAUUCGAAUACGGACGGCGAGAUGGCGACGAACUACCCGCACGAGGACGCCACGCAGCUGGGCCACGAGAAGUCUGAGGAGACCUACAAGGAGUGGGGGAAGUACUGGACCGCCGUGCAGACCGACAAGACUGACAGCAUCCUGAAUGUUACGCAGGGACAUGCCAUCGACUGGAAAGCUAAUAGCAAUCAAGUGGAGGGUGGCCCCGAGGGUAAAAAAGACAAGGGUCGUCGCUGGAUAUUCGCGAUGCGCCACGGAGAGAGAGUGGACCUCACCUACGGACAGUGGGUGCCGUUCUGUUUCGACGAGGACGGCAAAUACGUGCGCAAGGACUUGAACCUUCCCCUCAAGUUAGGAGAAAGGGUCGGUGGCAAGGAGUCUUACUUGAAGGACACUCCGCUGACGCGCGUGGGGCGGCUGCAGGCCUACCUGGUGGGCGAGGGGCUGCGCCUGGCCGGCGUGCCCGUCACGCACGUGUACGCGUCCGCCGCGCUGCGUUGCGUCGAGACCGCGCACUCAUUCCUAGAAGGACUACAAGCGGAUCCAUCAGUGAAAGUAAAGGUUGAGCCUGGACUUUUCGAGUACAAGAUGUGGCAUCUGGCGAAGGGUAUGGCGCCCUUCAUGACCCCCAUUGAGCUCUACAAAUAUGGACUAAAUGUUGACCUGCAGUACAAGCCAUACAUUGACUUGGACAUCCACAGUAACGAGACGUUAGAGGAGUACUACAAGCGCGGCGAGCUCGUCGUGCAGUCCGCUGUCAAGGACACAGAGAAUGAAGGUGGCAACAUAAUAUUCGUGGGCCACGCCGCCACUCUAGACGUGAUGGCGAUCGCUCUGAAGCGUAUGAACGAGACCAGGAGCCAGUACCCGGAGUACAAGAUCCACAACAACCUGCUGCGCGUGCCGUACUGCGCGCUGGGCGCGGCGCGGGACCAGCCCUACGAGGUGGUGUGCCCCCCCUGCCCGCCCUCCAUCAACUCCAGCUCCGGCCGCUUCGACUGGCGCAUGCUGCUCGACGCAUAACGACGCACUGCGCGUCCGCAUCAUACUAUCAUGUGAUAACUAUUAAUCAGUAAUAUGUUUAGGUGUUGCAUUUGGUCUCCGCUGAUAGUGGCUCCCUUUUCACAAGCCCUAGAGUCGUACUACUGCCUUUUAAAGUUAGGACGUUGCAGUAGUGGAAGCAUGAGGACGUAUAACUGAGUCUCGCUUGCACAUCUGUCGUUGUCUUAACUUCAAAACGUGUGACGUAGUGGUUGUCUCGACCCUGGGUAGCCGUACAAAUAACACCGUUACGUGGGAACUUAACGUACAUGGCUAUUUACUAUUCCCCCAGCUACUCCGUACUCCGGUUUGUGUGAAAAGCCACUAACAGUAAUGAUUAACGAUUUUAUCAUUGUACUUAUAAUAAUUUUCCGCUUGAUUAAAUUUGAAGUGUCUGAAUAGUGACACAUUAUACUAUAGCAAAGUCAUCGUGAAUUUCUAUUCAAUUGUUUUUAGUAAGAGGAAAAUUGAUUUGAAUAAAAUAAUGUGACAAUCACAAUGACGGUGCUUAUUUAUAAAUAACUACGUUUCGUAAGUUUAUAUAAAUGUUCAUGUGGUUUGAGUACUCUAUAUUAGUAUAAGAUGUAUUACUUUCUAGCACGCUUGCCAAUAAAUUAAUGCGGCAUAUGUAUUAAUGUUUUUAUUGUGAUCUCAUUACUUGACUGCUCUACAUAUUCAUUAUAACGCAGUCAUUGUAAUAAUACCAAGGUCUUGUUCUACUAGUAUUAUUCUUCAGUGACCAAAUGCAAAUAUUCGAAACAGUAAUUUUUUUAUGACAAUAUUAUUUUCUUAUUUUAAAAAAUUCUUCUAAUUUUUUCAAGGAAAUUUCCUAUAGAUUUAAGAAUGCUUUGUAUGUUAGUACGUAAUUUGUUAAAAAUCAUUGACGAAAUAUUGUGUGUGAUUUUAACGUCUCGAAGUAUAUAAAUAUUCGAUCGUACAGGUAACUAUGUAACAUUCCUGUUAAGUGAUAUCAGAACAUACAUGUAUUAAAUAAUCGUGUAUUUAUAAGUGAAUAAACCUAAGUAAACAUGUUUCCUCUUUAGAUUUCAAGAUAAAUACAGAUUCUAUAAUUUAUAUUCAUCUUCACCGUUGCCGCGUUGGAAUGUUUCUUAGAUUUCUUUUAAGGCGGAGUUAUUACUAAUAUUUACAGAAUGGGCAUACAGGUCGCAUAUUUACUUUUAGCAGUUAACGUCCUAAAUAUAGGACCUUAUAAUUAUACACUGUGAUUAAAAAAGAUAAGUUCCUGCACGUUUUUGCUUACAAUAGGUAUGUAACAAAUUAAUUUCCGAUUAGCAAUCCCAAGAAAGGAAGUUGUUUAAUUUGUUAUUUUCAAGACAACAAUAGUUAAUAUCCGUGACACAUCGAGCUGUUUCUAAUCACAUUACGCCAAACAGCUGCAUAUCUGGCGCCCUAUUCUGAUGUUUACAAUGGCCGCUGAGUGAAUGGCAUUUGAAAUUAUUCCUAUUCCCUUAAACAUUUUUUCAACAGACUAAUUAGAAAUUUAUUGUAUUGACCAUGCGUAUUCCACGCCGCACUGAAUUUCCAAUUAUUGUGUUGCAAAAAUGCGUAGAAUAUUUCGAAGUGACAAUUUAAUAGAAUUUCCAUUCAUUCAUCGGCAGUUGUAAACAGCAGAAUCGGGGCCCUGGUGUGACUCGACCACGAGCACUCGUUCCUACCUAUCUUCGCUACUAAUGUACAUACGCUAUGUAUAUGUACUUCAUCGGUACCUGUGUAUUUUAGUGGACUGUGUUUACUUUGUAUGCCUUACUAGACUGACUAGAUAUAUGUUCAAUACACUCGUAUUAAUGUUGAUUAUAUUUGUACCUAUGUGAAUCUAGGUAAAUAAAUGUCUUAAUUAAAGUGUAA